AUGGGGCUGAGCCCGGGGCUCCUGCUCGUCGGCGGCUCCUUCGCGGCGUUCCGGCUGCUGAACCGCGGGCUGGAGCGGCUGGUGCCUCCGCCGCGCCCCGCGCUCCGCAACCGCUGGAAGUGGCGAAACAUCUGGACCUCGUUCGCGCACAGCCUGCUGAGCGGCGCCGGGGCGCUGCUGGGGUUCUAUCUCCACCCGCAGAUGGCGGAGGACCUGAUCGGAACUCACUCCCCGGCUGCGCACAGCGUGGUCUCGGUAUCUAUAGGAUAUUUUCUCCAAGAUUUUGUGGAUAUGUUGUGUAAUCAGAAGCUUCACCAGUCCUGGGAGCUGCUUUUCCAUCACUCGGUGGUGAUUAUCUGCUUUAGCGUGGCAGUGCUGGUUCAUCAAUAUAUUGGAUUCGCUCUUGUGGCUUUGCUUGUAGAGAUUAACUCCAUCUUCCUGCAUCUGCGACAGAUCCUGCUAAUGGCCAACCUGGUGCACACCACCUGUUACCGCCUCAACAGCAUCAUAAAUCUGGGCACCUACGUAGUGUUUCGCAUCACCACACUGGCCUGGAUGACACGCUGGCUGGUCCUAAACCGUGAGAACAUUCCGCUGGCAACAUAUACUGUGGGCACAGUGGGCAUGGCCAUCAUGACACCCAUGAACAUCAUCCUCUUCUACCGCUUACUGCGCAGUGACUUCCUCAAGUCCAGCCGGGAGGUGUGGCGGGAGAAGGAGAAAUAG